AUGUUGCGCAGCUUGGUGUCGGUCCCGCGCCGAUGGGCGCCAGCCUUGGCGACAAGCCACGUGGGAGCGCUCCGCUGCAUCUCGGACGAUGCGGCGCCGCCGCUGCGACAGCUCAAGAUCAAGCCGGCCAAGGCGAAGAAGGUAAAAGGUCCGUUUGAACCGUUCGUGGCACCUCGCCGCCUGCCGGCCGACAAGGCGCUGCCUCGCGACGGCGACGUCAGUGCGCAGAUGGCCGCGCACGUGCAAGCGCACCGCUAUGACGACGCGCUCUCGCUCUUUGCGGCACUCCCGACCAAGUCGAUCGACAGCUACCGCUGGGCCAUGGAGGCGCACGCGGCUCUCUUUGAUUACGCGCAGGUCGUGGAGCUGUACAUGGAUGCUGCCAUGGCGCAUGACGUGUCGAACGAGAUGCGCCUCCUGUAUGUCGUCGCGCUCAACCGGCAAAAGAAGUUUGCACACACGCUCGCAGCCUUUGCUGACUGGCACUACCUCCGGCUGCCGCUCUCGACGGCGAUCUUCACCGCGGUGCUCACGGCCUGCGGGCACACGAAGGAUUGGGCGCGCGCCCAGUUUGUCGCCAACGCGAUGCAAGAAGCGGGCUUGUCACUGCAAGGCGUUGCGUACUUUCACAUCCUCUCUGCCGCGCUCCGGGACCCAACGGUUCACGCGCUCACGUCGCUCGAGCUCGCCGAGGCCGCGACGUCGGCCGGGUACCCUGUCUCGACGUCGCUUUUGGGACAAAUUUUGAUUCUAUCGGCCAAGCAUGCGUCGCAGCUCGAGCAAAAAAAAGCCAAGGCGGUAUGGGGCCGCGCGCGCCGCGUCUGGGACGCCAACAAGUCGUACGGCGCGAUCACUGGUCGGCACGAGUUCCAGUACGAGGUGCUCAUGCAAGCUCUCUGGAAGCUCAAGUACAAAUCGGACGUCACGUCGAUCCUUCACGACCUCCUUUCGUUCCCGCACUCGCGGGCGGACUUCAAGGCGCGCCUUUUGAAGGACCUCUUCAACCGCCACGUGGAGGACGCCGACAUGGCGGGCGCGACCGCGAUCGUCGACUUGAUGCAGGCGCACGGUGUCGGUCUCUUGACCACGCUUCGGCGCCACAAGUUUUUUUCGCUCUGCGUGCGCAACAUGCCGAUCGACGAGACACGCGCCAUCUUUACCAAAUACGAAUCGGUGCUCGGCGGCUGGAACGCCGAGGGCAUCUCCGGCCUCCUCAUCUGGGGCCACAAGGCGACGACCGACAACGACGAGGACGACGAGCACGAGCUCGAGCACCAGUACAAGCAGGUGCAGCAGCUCGUCAGCGACGCGUUCGACCACGGCUGGUCGCUCUCGUACCCGGCGAUGGACCACACGGCGCACUGGCUACUGCACCUGCACCGGUACGAAGACUGCGUCGUUUUUGUGAACGGGCUGAUGGAAAACCCAAAUUUCGACGUCGGCUACCGCAUCACGGAAGCAGGCAUGGUGGCCGCCAAGCGCCUCGGCGACAACGCGCACGUCACCGAGUUGUACCGACAGCUUGAAGCGCGUCAUCGCGCCAACCCGUCGACGCAAGCCGUGACCUUUGCGCCGCGCCCGCUCAUGCUCUGGACCGCGAUCGGCGCGUUCGAAGCGCUCGGGCAGUUUGAAGACGCGCGGUUGCUCAAGGCGAUGCUCACGCAACUCCAUCCGCAUAAGGCCCCGUACAAGAACAAGAAGACGCCCAUCCGUCGCGCGCGCCGCGCUGUCUUCGACGACUACGACACCACGGUCGACGUAUAGGGAUAGGGUCUCACGAGUGUAGAAACCCCGUAACACUGUUAGAAGAAGAAAAGGAGUUUGCGGACCAACGGCGCUCGGCGC